AUGCACGGAUUGGCGCCGGCCGUCUUGGCGAGGCCAUACUGCGAGCCUGGAAAGUUGGCGUGGUUGUCGACCACCUGUUUGCUGCUGUUCCGGGGCGCAAAUGAGGAGCAAGCCUUGGAGUGUGCAGGGUCUCUGGAUGAGGAUAUGCUGAGCCAGAUGACCGUUCUGAGCCUGAAACAUGAAACCCGACUCCAUCUGGUGCUCCGGAGCCCCUGGCCGGCCUUUCGCAUGUUGGACCUGCUGGCGCGGCUGAUUCCGCAGAACACCAGCACCCGUUUGGGCGCCUGCAAGAAGAACACGAUGUGGAACAGCGAUCCCGAUGUCUUUGACUGGCCGCAAUUCAAGUCCAUGUUGGCAGAUGCAGCCACUCAGCUGGUGUCAGACGAAUCCGUUUUUCAGCUCAGGCAGGAGGAUGGGCCUCUGUCGCGGCAAUACAUCGCCAGAUGGCAGCGAAUCCAUUCAAUUCCUGACAUGAAGGAGUUAGUCUAUAUCUCCCACGACGUCUUUGAUGCCUACCGAAAAAGCCACUACAAAGCCGGUUGCCACUUGGGUGUGAUCUCGAGCUACAUCCUUCAGAUUCUCGUGGUUCACUUGCGUGAUAUUGAAGGACGCUUGCAGAAACUCGUGUCCAUUGUGGCCAACCUGGUGAACGUUUAUGGCCCCGUCCAGCAGGCUGCGAAGACGGAUUGGGCUGUUUUUCGGCUCAUGCAUUGGGCCAGCUUGCUCCAGCGAACUCAUCCCGUAGAUGUUUGGGAGAGCGCGCAUGAUAAUGAACUGACGGCAUCGAAAGAUGCUGCAAUGACCUUGGUGGCUGACGUGGGGAAAGCUGUCAAGUCUGCAGCCAAAGGUGCUGCUGGAACUUCCCCCUUGAUUUUUGUGACAUCCGCUUGGGGUUGGAUGUCUGAAGAGUUGCGGGGGGUUUUAAGGCGCUGGCGAGUGGUGUCCAAGACACCUCUCUUGGUCCUUUGUCGCGACCGCCUCGCGGCUGACGCCUGCGACGCCACGGCGGAUCUCCAGGGCGGACCCUUGCGGUGUCUCAAGGCACCAAGGCGCUUAGGCAUCGAAGCAAUCGUUGCCAAAUACCUGGUUCUUGCGGCUUUGGUGAAGCUUUCGCUGCACGCCGUCUGGCUGGACCUCGACAUCUUGGUGCUGUCGGACCCCGCGCCGCCGCUCACUGCGGAACUGGCGCGGGGCGAGGCGCACCUGAUCUUCGUGCGGCAUUUGUUGAGUCAAUCCGUGAGCCCCGCAGUAAUUGUGGCCCGUGGCACCGCCAUGACAGCAUCCAUUUUGAUGGGAUAUGCGGGCUGGCUGCGGGAGAAUCCCUACCUGUUGGAUCACCAGGGCUGGGACCAAUAUUUGAGCAACAACCAUGGGGACUAUGCUGGGCUCUUCGACUACAAGGGUCGCAACACCACCAAUCAGGAUCCAGAUGGACCAGGGCACACCUUUCUGGCCUCAAGGGGCCUGGCACCAGAAGGAACCAAGUGGAGCUUCUUCAGCAAGGGCUUUGGGAGUGGAGAUGGUUGGCAGGGGGACCCUGAAGGGUCGGAUCUGAUUUUCUUCCAUUUCUGGGGAGCCAGGGAGAGCCAGAAGGAGAUGUUUGAGAUCUUCUAUCCCAAGCGCGGUGCUCGAUCAAGCCUCAGUCAGCAUGCCAUGAGCACCAUCCUCAAGUACCGGCGCCAGCCGGUGUCGGCUCCCACCGUGCCAGCAUUGCUCACAGGGCGCAAUCAGAAGCUGUAUGUCAUUGCCAUCAGCUAUGCCCAUGGUUGCUGCACCAAGUCCUUGAAACGAAAUCGUGAUCACGCCUUGCAGGCAGGUGUGGAUGAAGCCCGGUCCUAUGGCAAGGAGCAUUUGGGCCCAGACUGGCAAGCUGCUAACUCCAAAGUGCUUUCGCAGAAGAGAGGGGGAGGUUGGUGGUUAUGGAAGCCCUAUGUGAUUCUGCAGACCUUGAAGGACCCAACCCUUCCCUGGGACACUGGCGUGGUCUUGUGGGUGGACGCUGGCAACUACUUGCAUGCCGACCCCAGACCUAUCUUGCACGAAGCACUGGAGGUGUCGGACAUCAUGGCGUUGAGGUUAAAGCAAUGCCUUGAGUCGGACUGGACCAGCAAACUCACCGUGCAAAAGAUGAACAUGACCUCAAGGUAUGCCAUCCUAGACCGGCCCCAGUUGGGUGCCUACUUCCUGGCUUUCCGGAAAACAAAGGCAGUCCUUGAUUUCGUUGAGGAAUGGCUGCGGUUCUCGGAGGAUCCUGAGAUGCUGCUGGGAUUGCAGCCUUCUGCAGGUGGCGAGCCAAAUGAGGAAGAAGACGUCCCAACCUUCCAGAAGCACCAAGCGGAUCAGAGUAUCUUCUCAGUGCUCUUCAAGAGUCAUGGCUAUCAAGCCACUCCACUUGAUGUGGGACACAGGAAAGCAGCGGUAGCCGCCAUCAAGGCAGCUGGCAACUCCACUGAGGAGGUCGGAGCAGCGGUGAAAGGUCAAGGGAGAAUCGGCGCUGAAGAAGCCGCGAAGCGCAUCGUUGAGCUGGGGCACUUCGCUACGUCUGGCGAGGGUGUCCAACCCCUAGCCUUCAAAGCCUGGCGGGCGGCCAGCGCCGCUGGUGUGUCCAGCAAAGUUGCCUCACAGGCUGCACUUAGGGCAAUUCUGCCAAACGUCCUGAUGGAAGCUAUGAGCACAGGAGACAGCCCAGCUGAACAAGGUCGCAUGCUGAUGCGCAUCGCCCGAGCGAUCCCUGGACUCAGCGAGGAGCAACGAGUGAACUCUUCGUUGCUCCUGGGAAAAAGAGUCAUGAACACGAUGCUCAUCUUCGCCAAUGUACGGGAGGAGGCCAUUGAAGCAGCAUUGAAAGCAUUGGAAAGAGGUGUGCUAGAGGGCAGCGUGGCUUUGCCUUCGGAGACCCUCGAGGAAUGGCUCCACCCAGAAAUCAAGGUGGAUUUUGAACGUUGUUCUCAUCGAGCAGCAGAGGUCGCGGGACACUUGGUUGACACCUCCAAAGAGAGGUUGCCAAAGGCUUCACGUCUCUUGAAGCCUCCUCACAGUCACCCUGUCCAUCCGUACCGUUUGGGCUGCAGAGUUCGUUUUCUGCGGGGAUGCGCGGUCAUGGGCGAUGAUUCGGACAGCGAUUUGAAUCUAGAACGGCCGGCCAAAGGGUCCAAGGCGAAAGAGUCCAAGCCCAAAGUCGAGGUCAAGGAGGUGGAGAAGAGGUACUCCAAGCCCAGCAAGAGGAAAGAGGAAAGUCAUGACCCUCCAGACUCGGACAGUGAUUUGAAUCUGGAGCGAGCUCGGAAAUCCAAGAAGACUAAGAGAGAAGAUGAUGAUGACUUGCUUAUCGACCGCUCCCGGCCCAAAACGACCGAUGUCAAGAAGACAAAAUCCAAGAAGCCCAAGGCCCGCGACGCGGAGUCAGAGGGCAGCGACCUUCAGUUGCAACGACCCAGCAAGAAAGAGAUGAAGGCAAAGAUGGAGAAAGAUGCACCGAAACCAAAGACCAAAGAUGUGAAACCUCCAGAUUCGGACAGUGACGUCCCCGUGCGGAGGAAUGGGGCGGCUCCCAGUAAUUUCGACAGGGUGGAACCCUCCCGAAGUCGCGAUGCAGCCUUCGAGAGCUUUGGGAAGGGCAAGGGCGAUGGCUUUGGUGGCAAGGGUGAUGCCUUUGGCAAGGGCAAAGAUGGGAAGGGCAAGGGCAAGGGCAAGGAGGAUCCUGAUGCCCCACCCAAGGAGCAACCCAAUUUUGAGCCUUCGGGCCUCUUAGCUUUGGAGGACAACGCCAAGAAUGGGAUCCCCUUAAAGUUCACUGUGCCGGCCGAGGCCCGCAGACCGGCCACCAAGUGGCGCUUGUACGUCUUCGCCAAGCAAAAUGAGGGGCCGAAGAUGAUCCACAUCUACAAAAAUGUAGGCUACCUCUUUGGCAAAGACCGGCGUGUCGUGGAUGUGCCCACCGACCAUCCCACCUGCAGCAAGCAACAUGCAGUGCUCCAUUAUCGUGUGACCACGGGGGGCAUCGUCAAGCCUUAUAUCAUGGACUUGGAGAGCGUCAAUGGCACCUUCGUGAAUGGUGAGAGGAUAGAGGCCGCCAAAUAUGUAGAGUUGCGCGAAAAAGACGUGCUCAAGUUUGGAAUGAGUUCCAGGGAAUUUGUUUUGCUUCACGGAGGUUCUGCCAAUCAUGUGCCCAUUGAUGCAAAGGAUUUGAAAUCAGACUCAGAAUAG